AUGGGCUCUACCCACCAGCUCCCGUUCAAGCUCAAGAAUCCGGACCUCUUCCACAACCAGUCCUACGUCAACGGCGAAUGGACGAACUCAAAGUCUGGGGCGACCUUUGAAGUCGUCGAUCCGGGCACGGGCAAGCCCUGGACGAGUUGCCCCACCAAUGACGCCUCCGAUGUCGACGCAGCCGUGCAGAGCGCGCACUCAUGCUUCGAACGCUUCAAGAAGCUCACGCCCCGCCAGCGGGCCCAAAUGCUGUUCAAGUGGGACUCGCUGAUCCGUGAGAACCGCGACGACUUGGCCACGCUGCUGACGUACGAGACGGGCAAGCCGCUGGCCGAGGCAUACGGGGAGCUGGACUACUCGACCGGCUUCACCUGGUGGUUUGCGGGUGAGGCCGAGCGCAUCCAGGGCACCGUCUUCUCCCCUGCUCUGCCCAACCGCCGCGUCUUCACCGUCAAGCAACCCAUCGGCGUGGCUGCCGCCUUGGUCCCCUGGAAUUUUCCCAUCGCCAUGGUGUUGCGAAAGGCCAGUGCUGCUCUGGCUGCUGGCUGCACCAUGAUCGUCAAACCUUCGCCCGAGACGCCGCUCACAGCACUGACGCUCGCUCACCUGGCUUCCAAGGCUGGCUUCCCACCGGGCGCCUUUAACGUGCUGACGACCGACCUCGAGAAGACGCCCGAGCUGUCCGAAGCACUCACCCGGCAUCCUUUUAUCAAGAAGAUAUCCUUUACAGGCAGCACGCGCGUCGGCAAGAUUGUCGCACGCAAUGCUGCCGACGGCCUGAAAAAGGUCACGCUCGAGCUAGGCGGCAAUUGCCCCGUCCUCGUCUUCGACGACGCCUCGCUCGACCAGACAAUGGCCCAGCUUUGCCCCCUCAAGUGGCGCCACGCUGGCCAGGCCUGCAUCACUGCCAAUCGUAUCUACGUCCAAUCCGGAAUCUACGAUGAAUUCGUGAAGCGCUUCCACGCCGAGACGGCAAAACUCAAGAUUGGCCAUGGUGCUGCCGACGGGACGAGCAUGGGCCCAGUCACGACGCCUCGAGGCCUUGACAAGGCCGAGCAGAUAGUCAAGGAUGCGGCGAACAAGGGGGCAAAGGUCGUCACCGGUGGAAAGCGGGUCGAGGGCAAGGGCGGGUAUUUCUUCGAACCGACCAUCCUGACCGACAUGAAGCCGGAUAUGCUGGUCUCGUGCGAGGAAAUUUUCGCCCCCGUGGCAGCCAUCUACCGCUUCGAGACCGAGGAGGAGGCGGUGAAGGCGGCAAACGACACGAGUAUGGGGUUGGCGUCGUAUUGCUUCACCAAGAAUGUGGAUCGCAUGUGGCGAAUGCUGGAGAAUCUGGAAGCCGGGAUGAUAGGGAUGAACACUGGCAACUCUUCCGCCGCCGAAUCACCUUUUGGUGGCAUCAAAGAGUCGGGCUAUGGAAAGGAGUCUGGAAAGGAUGUUGCUAUCAAUGAAUAUCUCAUCACCAAGACGGGAACUUUUACUCUGGAGGGUCAGUACUGA